AUGGCAUCAGUUUUUCAUACAUUUAUCUCUAAUUCUGCAUUUUUCCUGCCUUGGGUCACAAUUGAUUUAGUCACAAAUGGAGCCACUCAGAAUCCAUUUGAUUUUGGAUAUGUUUUAAGAAGACUGUAUAGAUGUGCAAAUGGAAUUCACUGCGAACAUGGAGGCAUUGUACGUCCAAUAUUAUUAGCGAAAGCAUUAACCAAUGCAGAUGAGUACAGCAAAAUAACAAAUGGGAGCACUAAAAAGAAAACGAGUAGUAAGUUGGAGUUAUUUGGGAAUUGUAAAAGUUUAAUCAAAUGGAUAGAAGUAAUUCAAACCUUUUUUUUCAAUUUCAAUCUAAUUGCACUAUUAAAUAAAGUGAAGAUGGCAUGA